AUGGAAAAGAAGGUGGAAAGCGCAGGCCGCUCCAGGAAGAGACAUGACCGAAACGAACAAGAAGUGAAGAACCAGCCUGGAGCAAAGGGGAUGAGCCUAGUGGGUAUGGCCCGCGUUCCGGACGGGUCGAGUAAGCGGUGCUGGUGGAGAGAGAGCGUGGGAAGCAACACACGCUGCUGGUGUGGGAGCAAAGGGUCGACGGUGGGAAACAAUCACAGAUCGUUCGCAGCGGACGCUCAGUGCUCCCGACGUGCGCUCGUGGCCACGAGUGAGGCAGACGAGGGCCCAGCCGUGGUGGGUUAUGCCAGUUUCUCCCCCAGAAGCACGCAACUCAACUCAUCCAGAAGGGGGCCGAAAAAAAAUGACGCGGAUAUAAAUCCCAUACCAGAUGAGAAAAAUAUUCCACGUCAGGGGCGUCGUGUGUCUUCAUCCUCACCAAUCCAACCGAAUGGAUCGCCUGUUCAGUAG